AUGGCUAGAGGCAAAGCUGAGGAUAGUGGAAAGGCCAAGAGUAAGGCAGCAUCAUACCCUUGGGUAAGAGGCCUAGGCUACAGGGGCCAUAUCCACAGACAUUUGAAGAAUCACAACAGAAUCCACAAAAGGGUCAGUGCCACCACGGCUGUGUUCAGUGCUGCAAGUUGGGAGGACCUCACUGCCAAGGUGCUGGAGCUGGCAGGUAGUACUUUCAAGGAUCUCAAAGCAAAGAUGUUCACUCGGUGUUACUUGCAGCUUGCAAUCCGUGUCGAUGAAAAGUUGGAUUCUCUAAUCAAGGCCACCAUAGCUGGGGGUGGUUGGAUUCCUCAUAUCCACAAGUGUCUGAAUGGAAAAAAGAGACAGCCCAAAACUGCCCUCUUCCUCCUCGUUAUUGAACUGUAA